CUUUUCUGGGUUUUAGGAAAAAGUUAAAAAAAAGCUCUCUUUUUGUCUGGGUUUUAGGAAGAAGAAAGCUCCUAACUUUAUCAUUAUAUACCGUCGAGUUCGAUCUGAGAAUGAUCAGAUUUCUUAAAAUCCUUCUGAUUUGUGUCAGCGCCGGAAAAUGAACCGUGACGGCGCCGGAGAAGGCGACUCUGUUUCACACGAACAUUCAACAUCUAAAACCGAUGAAAAGGCCAAGACAGUUCCUCUCUACAAGCUAUUUGCGUUUGCAGAUUCCUUCGAUGUGUUUUUGAUGAUAUGUGGCUCACUUGGAGCUAUUGGGAAUGGAGUGUGUUUACCUCUUAUGACAUUGUUGUUUGGUGAUCUCAUCGAUUCCUUUGGAAAAAAUCAGAACAACAAAGACAUUGUUGAUGUUGUCUCAAAGGUUUGUCUUAAAUUCGUCUACCUUGGACUUGGAAGACUUGGAGCAGCCUUUCUUCAGGUUGCUUGUUGGAUGAUUACUGGAGAGAGACAAGCCGCAAAGAUAAGAAGUAACUAUCUGAAAACAAUUCUGAGACAAGACAUCGGAUUCUUCGAUGUUGAAACAAACACAGGAGAGGUUGUUGGUAGAAUGUCUGGAGAUACUGUUCAUAUUCAAGAUGCCAUGGGUGAGAAGGUGGGGAAGUUUAUUCAGCUGGUAUCUACUUUCGUUGGCGGAUUUGCUUUAGCUUUUGCUAAAGGAUGGUUGCUAACAUUGGUUAUGUUAACUUCGAUUCCUUUUCUGGCUAUGGCUGGUGCAGCCAUGGCGCUUUUAGUGACUCGAGCUUCUUCUCGGGGACAAGCCGCUUAUGCAAAAGCAGCAACUGUUGUUGAACAGACAAUCGGGUCUAUCCGAACGGUUGCUUCUUUUACGGGAGAGAAGCAAGCAAUAAACAGCUACAAGAAGUACAUAACAUCGGCUUAUAAAUCAAGCAUUCAACAAGGUUUCUCCACUGGUUUAGGACUUGGAGUAAUGAUCUAUGUGUUCUUCAGCAGCUAUGCUUUGGCUAUUUGGUUUGGUGGGAAGAUGAUACUCGAAAAAGGGUAUACCGGUGGCUCUGUGAUCAACGUGAUCAUCAUUGUGGUUGCGGGUUCAAUGUCGCUUGGGCAAACAUCUCCAUGUGUAACCGCAUUUGCAGCAGGUCAAGCUGCAGCAUAUAAGAUGUUUGAGACGAUCAAAAGAAAGCCUUUGAUUGAUGCUUAUGACGUAAAUGGAAAGGUUCUUGGAGAUAUCCGAGGAGACAUUGAACUGAAAGAUGUGCAUUUCAGUUACCCCGCGAGGCCAGACGAGGAGAUAUUUGAUGGAUUCUCUCUGUUUAUCCCGAGCGGUGCAACAGCAGCACUGGUAGGAGAAAGUGGAAGUGGAAAAUCUACGGUGAUAAAUUUGAUUGAGAGGUUUUAUGAUCCGAAAGCCGGUGAAGUACUCAUUGAUGGAAUUAAUCUUAAGGAGUUUCAGUUGAAAUGGAUCAGAAGCAAAAUCGGAUUGGUCUGCCAAGAACCUGUUCUGUUUUCGUCGAGCAUCAUGGAGAAUAUCGCCUACGGGAAAGAAAAUGCAACGCUUCAAGAGAUUAAAGUAGCAACAGAGCUAGCAAAUGCAGCAAAGUUCAUAAAUAACUUACCUCAGGGGUUAGAUACAAAGGUAGGAGAGCACGGGACACAGCUCUCGGGAGGACAGAAACAGAGGAUAGCUAUUGCAAGAGCUAUUCUUAAAGAUCCGCGGGUUUUGCUUCUGGAUGAAGCAACAAGCGCGCUCGAUACAGAAUCCGAAAGAGUGGUUCAAGAGGCUUUAGAUAGAGUCAUGGUUAACCGGACUACGGUGGUGGUUGCGCAUAGAUUAAGCACGGUAAGAAAUGCGGAUAUGAUUGCAGUAAUUCACAGCGGAAAAAUGGUGGAAAAAGGUUCGCAUUCUGAGUUGUUGAAAGAUUCCGUGGGAGCUUAUUCGCAGCUCAUUCGGUGUCAAGAGAUAAACAAGGGUCAUGAUGCAAAACCAUCAGACAUGGCUUCGGGAUCAUCUUUCCGGAAUUCGAAUUUGAACAUAUCAAGAGAGGGAUCGGUUAUCAGUGGUGGAACCUCGUCUUUUGGAAAUAGCAGUCGUCAUCAUUCUUUGAAUGUCCUUGGUUUAUUCGCUGGACUAGACCUUGGUAGCGGUAGCCAAAGAGUAGGCCAAGAGGAAACUGGAACGACGAGUCAAGAACCGCUCCGAAAAGUAUCACUCACCCGAAUCGCAGCUCUAAACAAACCUGAGAUCCCGGUUCUCCUUCUUGGAACUGUAGUAGCAGCAAUCAAUGGCGCGAUUUUCCCGCUUUUCGGGAUUCUGAUUUCAAGAGUCAUCGAAGCGUUCUUCAAACCAGCUGACCAAUUAAAGAAAGAUUCAAGAUUCUGGGCGAUUAUAUUUGUAGCUCUGGGAGUAACUUCGUUGAUUGUCUCACCGUCUCAAAUGUAUCUGUUUGCAGUAGCUGGAGGAAAACUUAUACGACGAAUUCAGUCAAUGUGCUUUGAGAAAGCGGUUCACAUGGAGGUUAGCUGGUUCGAUGAGCCAGAGAACUCGAGUGGUACAAUGGGGGCAAGGCUCUCGACUGAUGCAGCUUUGAUUAGAGCUCUAGUAGGAGAUGCAUUGUCUUUAGCGGUUCAAAACGCUGCAUCUGCUGCGUCUGGAUUGAUUAUAGCGUUCACUGCGAGUUGGGAAUUGGCGCUUAUAAUCUUAGUGAUGCUUCCUCUUAUUGGUAUCAAUGGCUUUCUUCAAGUCAAGUUUAUGAAAGGAUUCAGCGCCGACGCAAAGUCAAAGUAUGAGGAGGCAAGUCAGGUAGCGAACGACGCGGUGGGGAGUAUAAGAACAGUUGCAUCUUUCUGCGCGGAGGAGAAAGUGAUGCAGAUGUAUAAUAAGCAAUGUGAAGGUCCGAUAAAAGAUGGAGUAAAGCAAGGUUUCAUCAGCGGAUUAGGGUUUGGAUUCUCCUUCUUCAUUCUGUUUUGUGUCUACGCGACAAGCUUCUACGCGGCAGCUAGAUUGGUUGAAGAUGGCAAAACUACUUUCAUUGAUGUUUUCCAGGUGAAUUGAUGUCCUCGUCUACUGUCAUUGAUGGCAAGACUAAAAUAUUUUUGGAAAUCUCGGUGCCUAGUAAUGAAGUAGAAUGGAUCUUGCUCUGGAUCUUACAGGUGUUUUUCGCGUUAACCAUGGCAGCUAUUGGAAUUUCUCAGUCGAGUACUUUCGCUCCAGAUUCAAGCAAAGCCAAGGUCGCAGCUGCUUCAAUCUUCGCGAUCAUCGAUAGAAAAUCAAAGAUAGACUCGAGCGAUGAGACAGGGACAGUGUUGGAGAACGUUAAGGGAGAUAUUGAGCUUCGUCACUUAAGCUUCACUUAUCCAGCAAGACCAGGCAUUCAGAUCUUUCGUGAUCUUUGCUUAACCAUUCGCGCAGGAAAGACGGUUGCUUUGGUCGGCGAAAGUGGGUCGGGGAAAUCGACGGUGAUCUCGCUGUUACAAAGAUUUUACGAUCCAGAUUCCGGUCAGAUAACUUUAGACGGAGUUGAGCUCAAGAAGCUGCAAUUGAAAUGGUUGAGACAACAAAUGGGACUAGUGGGACAAGAACCUGUCUUGUUCAACGACACGAUUCGAGCCAACAUUGCUUAUGGCAAAGGAAGUGAAGAGGCCGCAACCGAGUCUGAAAUCAUAGCCGCUGCAGAACUUGCCAAUGCACACAAAUUCAUCUCUAGCAUACAACAGGGUUACGACACAGUGGUGGGAGAGAAAGGGAUUCAGUUAUCAGGAGGACAGAAACAGCGGGUAGCUAUAGCACGUGCCAUCGUGAAAGAGCCGAAGAUAUUGCUUUUGGACGAAGCAACGAGUGCUCUUGAUGCAGAAUCAGAGCGACUGGUUCAGGAUGCGCUUGACCGAGUGAUUGUAAACCGAACCACGGUUGUGGUGGCUCACCGGUUAUCGACCAUUAAAAACGCUGACGUCAUUGCCAUCGUUAAGAACGGUGUGAUCGCUGAGAAUGGGACUCACGAAACGUUGAUCAAAAUAGACGGUGGGGUUUAUGCUUCCCUUGUUCAGCUUCACAUGACUGCUUCUAAUUGAUAAUGAUAUAAUGUUUUGUUUACGAUAGCAAAAAUAUAUUUAUGUUGUUGUAUGCAAGUUUAUGUAGCUGUCACUAUUUAUUUUCUUUCCCUUUCUCUCUAAAUUUAUAGUUAUAAAAUGAAUGUCUUUAUUUGA